ACUAAAUUUUUGAAAAUAAAUUUCGAUUCAUAUUCCGUAAUUUAACGAUCGUUUAAAUAAAUAAUACGAUCCGAUAAAAGGUAUUCCCUUGGCGUGUAACGAAAAAUUGUAAUUGACAAAUAAUUCACCUCACGUCAUUUCAGUGAAUGUAAACAUGGCGCAGUGUUUUUGGCGUCUGCGAUAACUAGAUAAAAAAAAUGCGUUUAUGAUAAGUGGGUUUUAAUUUUUUUGGUUGAGGACAACGAGUAAAUACAACAUUUAAGACCUCAUCAAAAAUUCUGUUAUAAUCUCGAACUUGAACCCUUGGUGUAUGGGCACUAUGGAUUGGGGACGGGCGAAUGGGAUGAAGUGGUAGUGUUGGUGGGUCAUGCAGUCUGAUACAAGCAGAUACAUCAACUCGGUAUCUGAUUUGUACGGAGACGACGAAAUCGAACUGUUACUGCAAGACAUCACAGAACUGGAGCCUCAAAGUUGUAAAGUGGAAGACAUCCAGGCCGGGGAUGGCAUGAGUUCUGUGUUGCAGGAUUUUGAGAUAGCGGGCAGCAGGACGGGAGCACUGAGUGCUGAUUGCGCCGCUGGCGGAUGCGAGUGCGAAACACCCCUUGGCACCAUCAACUCCUGGGACUCGCACUCUCACUACCGUAGGCGUCCCGCUUCCCCCGACAUCUCCCUUUAUUCAGGCGUUAUCGUUUAUUGUGACCACAAACAUCUCAAGACACCUACCGGAGUUGUUAAAGUUUUAUUAGUUAUCACAACAGUGGCUUGUUUAGCGUGUCUUUGUACAUCCGGUACGGUUAAGGUAGGUCUCUUUAUGUUACCCUUAGCCGGAAGGUUGCGAUUGAUGAUGUUCGUUACCCUGCUCAGUAUAUUUGUAACAUGUGUUCUACUGUUCCUUGAUAUUUCACAAAUGGUGUAUUUGUUCCCGUUUAAUUGGGGAAAAGUGAAUACAUAUUUAUAUUUAUGCCUUAGUGUAUCGUUCCUUAUAGUCUCAUCAUUGAUCUUCCAUGCAAUAUUCCUUUCUGGGGCCUUAACAUGGGUACCCAAAUGGACUCAUCAACAAUUAUUAAUAACUGGGUGUUUGGGAUAUGUUUGUUGUCUGGAAUCAUUAAUAAUAGCGCUCAUCCAAAAAUGGACAAAAGGUCCAUACGAACCUGUUGCAGAAGACCCUAGUUUAACAUUACAAGAACGAAGGCCUUCGACGUCUCAAGAAUCAGAUAAUCAUCGACAAGUUAAUCAAACGACACACAAUUACAAACCGAUUGUAAGAUACCCGGCGGCGGUGGCGUCAACGUCGAGGCAACAACACGACUCCUCUAGUUAUUUGGACGACGUGCAACCGUGCUCUUCGAAAAGUGUGGAUCAGUAUAGGAACGUAUGAUAGUACUCGGUUAGAACCAGUAGUGACCUAACGAUAGUUAGCCUUCGGAUCGGUCGCCUAUUGUGUCUGUGUCUGCAAUGGACGAUAACGGCAGCAGCUUCAAGUGCUUAAUGAAUUCGAAAAGAAAAAAUAAGUAAUAAUUGUGUCUUCGGAUUAAUGGAAAAACCUUCCGAACACCCCAUUUCAAAUCCUUAACAAAAAAAUGAGUGUUUUCAAUUCAAUUCCGAGAAAUACAUAUCUCUUUCACUUCCUAACAAUACUAACAUAAAAAGAAAAAUGUAUAUAGACUCCACAGAAAGAUAUU